AUGGACAUUUCCCUUAUAAAUGACCACUUGGACUCCUGUGAGAAGCCCAAGAACGGUAAACAGUCGAAUAUUCUCGUGGGGUUGAAGCGGAAGCACGCCAGCUCAGAUGGUGCGGUGGUCAUUGUGGAUGAUGAGGAGGUUGAUAAUGAACAGGGCGAUGGUAAAGAGGAUGCUAAACCCUCGUCAGUUCAGGUUCUGAAGAAGGUGAAGGUUGAGGAUGGUAAAUCUGUCGUUAAGAAGCCCAAGAUUGACGAGAAGGAGCUCGAGAUUAAACGGCUCAGACAACAGAUGAACGUCCCGCUGAGUGAGCGACUGCGGCCUUCGACGCUGGAUGAUUACAUUGGACAGAAGGGGCUUCUGGGACCUCACGGUUUACUCAGAGGGUUUAUAGAGCGGGACUGUAUUCCCUCGAUGAUCCUGUGGGGUCCUCCUGGUGUGGGUAAAACCACCAUAGCCAGGAUCAUUGCGCGCUCCACGAGCCAGCGGUUCAUUGAGAUCAAUGCCACUACAAGUGGCAUUCAAGAGUUGAAGAAGAUCUUCGAAUCGACUCAGAAGGAGUACUUCUUGACGAAGAGAAGGACCAUCGUGUUCUGUGAUGAGAUCCACAGGUUCAACAAGUCUCAACAGGACUACUUCUUGCCCUUUGUCGAGAAGGGAGACGUGAUCCUGAUUGGCGCCACCACGGAGAAUCCAAGUUUCAAGCUGAACAAUGCCUUGUUGUCCAGGUGCAAAGUAUUCACACUCACCGCCAUGUCCACUGACGACCUCUACAGGAUCAUCCAUAGAGGUGUGCUGCUCCUCAACAAAUGUCGGAAGUUUGUCUUUGACAAGCCGCUGUUGAACUUGUCGAAGGACUCCAUCGACUACAUUGCUGACGUCUCGUCUGGAGAUUCCAGGAUCGCCAUAACGUUGUUGGAGUUACUCGAUUCUCACUUCCAUGCUCCUCAGGGAAUCAUCACCAAGGACAUGCUGAAGCCCUUGUUGGCCAAAUCUCAUAUGAUCUAUGACAAGACUGGCGACUUCCACUACGACACGAUAUCGGCGUUUCACAAGAGCAUCCGAGGCUCUGACCCGGAUGCCGCCAUGUGGUAUCUGGGGCUGAUGUUGGAAGGAGGCGAAGACCCCUUGUACAUUGCAAGAAGGAUGAUUCGGAUCGCAUCAGAGGACAUUGGCGUAUUGGACGAUUCGUGUUUACCUUUCGCCAUUGCAGCGUAUGAAGCCGUCACGAAGGUUGGCUUACCAGAGGCCGACUUAGCCCUGGUUCACUGCGCUGUGAAGCUGGCAAGAGCUCCAAAGAGCGUUGAAAUAUACAGAGGCUGGAACCAGUGCAAACGGUUGGUCCAUGAACGAGGCUCCAGCCUACAAAUCCCCCUACACCUGAGAAACGCUCCGACAAAGCUGAUGAAGGAGCUGGACUAUGGUAAGGAGUACAAGUACAACCCCAAUUUCGUCGAUGGCAAUGUUAAACAGGAGUACCUUCCGGAGAGCAUCAGAGGCGUCAAGUUCCUCACCGGGAAGCACAUGGGGGACCUUGUUGAUCCAGACCUCUGA